AUUUCCACUCCGUUUCACGUAUCUACCUGGCUAUCCUCCAUUAGUAAACUACCUGGCACAUGAUAUGUGUUUACAAAAGUAUUUUGUCCAUGGUUACGAGAAAUAGGGAACUUCAUGUCACAGUGGUGGCGUUGCAUUUGUUAUUAAUAAUAUCUUCAGCAUGGGCAUUAAAAAAUGUAACCAAAGUGGCUCAUCUCUCUGUGGCGGUGUUUACCAUAUUGCUUAUAUACAGCAUUCUAAGUAUAAUACGUUACUCACAUCCCGCGGAGGUUUGUAGGAAGUCUUGGAAACAAAUUUCUGUUUAUGGGCAGAUAUUUAUGUUAAUGUUUAUAUUAUUAGAUAUUUUGAAAUUUUGUAAAACUUUGCAUAAAUUUUGGAUAUGUUCUACUGGUUAUAUUAUGAUUUUGAUGGCAGCCAUUUUCACUCUGCAAAUAAAGGUUGCCUAUUUAAGAGUCCUGUACAACAUUUCAAAACAUGUUGCUGUAAUAUGGAUGUGUGUUGUUUUGGCAGUUGUUGGAUAUAAACAUAUGGAAACUUAUUGGACUUUUGGUUUGAUGGUGCUUAUUGUACUUAACCAUUUCAUGUUUAACAAAUUAUCGCUAGUUUAUGAUAUAACGGAUAUAGAAAUAACAACAAUUUGGUUAAGUUUUUUUAUAUAUUUUGCACAAAAUGUAGUUAAUGAAGUAGCAGUUUUACAUACACAUUAAAAUCUAUAAAUUUGUAACUGUUGUAUUACGAAACUAUA